GCGCAGACACUAGCACGCACACACAAACACACAAACACACACGCACACAGAGUCCAUCUCCCGCAAGCGGUCUCCAUCCCUGGAUCCUUGUCCGGGAAAGUCUCAGGCGGAUGGAGCUGGGGGCUGUGCUCCCUUUCUAGGCGCCAGAGUCCCCCCACCCUCCUUCCUCGCCACCCCCCGCGUCUCGUCCCUGCCCUCCCCUUUCCCCCCCGCCCCCGCUUCCACGCGCACACAAACGCUCUCACACGCGCGCCCAGGUGCAACCGGCCCCACACGGCCCCGCCAGGACUGGUCGCUCGCGGACUGUCCGCCGCUCCCGCACCUUCCCGCACCUUCCCGCACCGCGCGAUGGCGGCUCCGGGCUCCGGCUUCUGGUCCUUCGGGUCCGAGGACGGCUCCGGCGACCCUGGAGCCCCGGGCCCAGCCCGAGCGUGGUGCCAGGUUGCUCAGAAGUUCACGGGUGGAAUUGGAAACAAGCUGUGCGCCUUGCUGUAUGGAGAUGCGGAGAAGCCUAUGGAUCCAGGCCCGAGGACGCCCCCGGGCCCCGCCGACCGAAAGGCCUCCUGUUCCUGCGCCCAGAAGCCCUGUAGCUGCCCGAAGCCGGACAUCAAUUAUGCCUGUCUACACUGCACAGAUCUCUUACCAGCGUGUAACGGAGAAAUGGCUACUUUGUCGUUUCUGCAAGAUGUUAUGGACAUUUUGCUUCAGUAUGUGGUGAAAAGUUUCGAUAGAUCCACCAAAGUGAUUGAUUUCCAUUACCCAAACGAGCUGCUUCAAGCAUAUAACUGGGAAUUAGCAGAUCAACCGCAGUCGUUGGAGGAAAUUUUGUUGAACUGCAGAACAACUCUAAAAUAUGCAAUUAAAACAGGGCAUCCCAGAUAUUUCAAUCAGCUUUCUACUGGAUUGGAUAUGGUUGGAUUAGCUGCGGACUGGCUGACAUCAACAGCAAAUACAAAUAUGUUCACCUAUGAAAUUGCUCCCGUGUUUGUACUUUUGGAAUAUGUCACGCUAAGGAAAAUGAGAGACAUGAUUGGCUGGCCAGGGGGCUGUGGCGAUGGGAUAUUUUCACCUGGUGGUGCCAUAUCUAACAUGUAUGCUAUGUUGAUUGCACGUUUCAAGAUGUUCCCGGAAGUUAAAGAGAAAGGAAUGGCAGCUAUCCCCAGACUGGUUGCCUUCACGUCUGAGCACAGUCACUUUUCGGUGAAGAAAGGAGCUGCGGCCUUGGGAAUCGGAACAGACAGUGUGAUCCUGAUCAAAUGUGAUGAAAGAGGGAAAAUGAUCCCAUCUGAUCUUGAGAGGAGGAUCCUAGAAGCCAAACAAAAAGGAUUUGUGCCUUUUCUAGUGAGUGCCACGGCAGGAACCACCGUGUAUGGUGCAUUUGACCCCCUCCUGGCUGUGGCUGACAUCUGCAAAAAAUACAAGAUCUGGAUGCAUGUGGAUGCAGCGUGGGGUGGAGGAUUGCUCAUGUCCAGGAAACAUAAAUGGAAAUUAAAUGGUGUGGAGAGGGCCAACUCUGUGACUUGGAACCCUCACAAAAUGAUGGGCGUCCCCUUGCAGUGUUCGGCUCUGCUCGUUAGAGAAGAGGGCUUGAUGCAGAGUUGCAAUCAGAUGCAUGCAUCCUACCUCUUUCAACAAGACAAGCAUUACGACCUGUCCUACGACACCGGAGACAAAGCACUGCAGUGUGGGCGCCACGUCGAUGUUUUCAAACUUUGGCUAAUGUGGAGAGCAAAGGGAACUACAGGAUUUGAAGCCCAGAUUGAUAAAUGCCUGGAGUUGGCAGAGUAUCUAUACAAUAUAAUAAAAAACAGGGAAGGCUAUGAAAUGGUGUUCGAUGGAAAGCCUCAGCACACAAAUGUCUGCUUCUGGUAUAUACCUCCCAGUUUACGAAGCAUGGAGGACAACGAAGAAAGGAUGACUCGCCUCUUAAAGGUGGCUCCCGUGAUCAAAGCCAGAAUGAUGGAAUAUGGAACGACAAUGGUCAGCUACCAGCCACUGGGAGAUAAAGUUAAUUUCUUUCGCAUGGUUAUCUCAAACCCAGCAGCAACACAUCAAGACAUUGAUUUCCUUAUUGAGGAAAUAGAACGUCUUGGACAAGAUUUAUAAUCAUCUGGUCCUCAAAGCUGUGCCAAUUCUCUAGCUAGACAAUUAAGUUGUCACAAACUGUGUGAAUGUAUUUGUAGUUUGUUCCCAAGUAAACCUAUUUCUAUAUUGUGAUGUCAAAGUAGAGUUCAGUCUAAAAAUCAAGAAACAUUGCUCCUUUUAAAAUCCUUUCUUCAGUUUUAAGAUACCUCUUUAAUAAUUAGUGAAACAAAAGCCUGCAUUUCAAUCGAGAGGGAAAAAUAGAAAAUAGUUACAAAUACUUCCCCAAAGGUUAAUAAAGUUAGCAAAUUACGUAUUUAUUUUAGGUUCAACAUAGUUUGAUCGAGUGGUGCCAAUUUUGCUCCCAAGCGUCAUGAAAGAUACUUUGGAGGGCAAUGAAAAGGAUAAAAUGAACAUAAAAUGUAUGUUAAAAAAGGAAAACUCUUGCCUUUUUCAUAGUAUUAGAAAAGAAUUUCUAAUUUACCUAUAGCAACAUUUCAAAUGUAUUUAAAUACAUAUAAUUUUACAAAAGGAAAUAUAUAUAUAGAGAAGAUCCUAUUUUGUAAAGUAUAGAUUUUUAUUUUAUAUGGGUUACAACAACUGCAGGGGCAGAAACAGAAAACUAAACCAGAUUUCUUUUCUUUCAAUGGAGGCACAUUGGAAUACUUAGUAAUGCUUAUUUUGAAACAUAAGCCUACAUAAAUUCUUAAAAGGUGUGACACCUCAUUUCUACAUGUCUCAUGGAUUGUCACAUCUCUAGGGUUUAGUAUUUCAAAACCUCAAAAGAGUACUGCAGCUCUUAAAAACAAUUGAUAAGAUAAAUUUCAGUACAAUAGGAUACUCUUCCCAAUUAUAUUUUCCACAUGGUCCACCCUAAGCAAACAUCUUCCUAGCUAGCCAAAGAUCAAUCUAAGAUUUUAUUAGGAUGGCUUUCUCUGUUCUGCUUUCAAAUGUGGCCUGUUCUGGGCAGAAAGUAGGUGCCCAGAACAGAAUAUUCUAAAUAUCUUUCCAAACAGAAUUUAUUAAUUAGGUCAUUUGGAUUAAUUAGGGAAAAUGAAAUUAAAAGUCUAAUGGGACCUGAACUUGUGAUGAGAAUAGGGGAGUGAGCAUGUUCAACCAGUGGGGAGUCAGGAAAAUAAAGCAGCCUUCUGGGAAGCCCAGAGUCUCUGAGGAGAGCAAGUGGUGGCCAUUUUUUUUCUCCACUAGGUUUCCAGAAAGAAUUAAUUUACCUCCUGGACCCCAGCACAGAUCAGGUGGGUGAUUAUAGGUUUCUUUGUACUGGGGGGCCCUGGAAAGGAGACCACUCCCAAGGCAAAUCAAUUUUUCUCCAAGGAAGUGGACUUAACUCACCCAUGCUUCCCUCGGGAAAUGGCGUUUUGAGUCUUUUCAACUUGUUUCCUCCGAGUGUUGUCCCAAGGUGACUAGAAUGAUUGGAGCUCAGGAUUGCAGAGAAUAGAAUGAAAAUUAGUAGAUACAGUCCUUCUUCUCAUUUAAAAGUUCCUGGCAUUUUGGAGGCCGUGGAACAAAAAAGUCCCCAAACACUAAAUGAGCUUGGCUAAAUUGCCACAGGACAUAUGAUGGGAAAAUUAUGAUUUUUUUAAAGCAAAAACCAGAUUCUCUUUCUCUUUGGUACCUAGGAGAGCUGGGCUGUGUUUAGAGCAAUUCCAGGGGUGGAGAGGAAGGAGGAUCUAGCUAUGGAUGAGACAGCUAAAGCUGCCUUUGAACAGUUUUACGCAAACCAGUGGUCCUACCCACCAGUGGCCCCUGUUCCUCUGGAAUUUGGAGGAGCUUGCUCUUAUAUAACCAUUUCCAGGUUUUGGGGGGAAAAAAUUGCUUUACAUCAGCUUCAGACAUGCAUGGCUUCUUCCUCCAUCUCUCUCCAAGCAAACACCUUCAUUGUAACUGGUAAGAGACAACUCCCUGUUUAAGCUGCAGAGUUCCUUGGUGUCUUAUCUUUCUGGGAAUGAAGCUGGAGCUUUCCCUCUAACUAAACAACGCUUUCUAGUCUUUGAGAAUCAGUGCCCACCUAGCCUGAUAUCUGGGGUUUCAAGGCCAUUAGUUCAACCUUUCUGGCAGGAGAUCACAGUGGUGGCUUAAGUUGGGCUGGAAUCCAGCAGAGUGAAUGUCUAUCCUGCUUGGGCAUUUGAGAGUCUGAGAUGCCUGUCGGUUUGGGGCUGGGCUGGCCAUCCAAUGGGUCUCUUUCAAGUGGAAAGGUUGUCUGGGAUGUUGAGCUGAUGGCAUUGGAAGUUAAAAUCCUUGACUUCUGGACAAAAUCCGGGGCCAUUUCUUAUCGACAGGCUCCAACCUCUGUGAGAGUCUGUAUUCUUGCUCUAAAAUGCAAGCUCCUUGUGGACAAGGAUCAUGUGGGCAAGGAUCUUGGUUACCUACUCUGUUGUUCUGUACUCUCUCAAGUGCUUAGUACAGUGCUCUGUACACAGUAAGUGCUCAAUAUGUACCACUGAUUGAUUGCCUGAUUCGAUGUUUUUGCAGAAUGCUAUAUAGCUACAGUCCUCCUCCACCCUAUAAAACUCAACCAAUUGAACAAGGGCAGAAACAAAACCCUAGUUAGAUCCCCAGGAAUUAGAUCCAAAUAUCUUAAACUAUAUCCAUAGUCCUCCCCAAGUAAGGUUACCCUAGAAUUAGCCUGAAUUCCUUAUUGCAAAGUCUGGUGUGUGCGGGGAGGGGCACACUGUCUAAGCCCAGCAAAAGUUUGAUUUUAGCUUUAACUAGACUCUCCAUGGUCACUUUCAUUUCCAAAGCAAUAUUGUGUUUUUUUUUUAAAUACUUGAAAAAGUGUGAUGUGUUUUUUAUUUUCUCUGAAAUGCAUAAAUGGUAUUGACUUUGUGUAAUGUCAUAAGGACGUGGAGUAGGAAAAGGAAUUAAAUUGUGUCUGUAGCUGUGUCGCCUUUAUUAUAUUGAUAGUACUGUCUUGUCACCUCAGAUUGAGGCUGUGCACUUUAGAUUGAAACUGUACAGUGUUGCAAGUCAACAUGUGUUUGUGUAUACGCUUGUAUUUAUUAUUGCUAUACUAUGUCAUUCUCUUUGUGGUAACAGUAUUGAAUCUUGAUAUUGUCAGAGCUACAUUUCCAACUGUCCCUGUACUAUCUCCUUGCUCAGUCGCCUGCCCUCCAUAUCAGCUUUUAAAAAAGAGCAUGCCUUUCUCUGACCCUCUUCCUGAGGGGGUUUGCAGAGACAGGUUGGGGGGUGUAAUGAGAAUUUUAGUUGAAGUGGUUUCUUUUUCCUUAGAAUUAAAGAAACCAAUUAUGAUUGUGUCUCCAACUGCCAGAUGUGGAUACUAAGUCUGCAAGCCAGCGGAAAAAAAUGAUAUUCCUUUCGGUUGACUAACUGAAGUGCAAAGGAUCAUGGAUGUAAAAAUAGUACAGGGACAAUGGCGGGAGAGGGGAAUAAAUAACCCGGUGACAUCUUGCACGUGCACUUCUAUUUUAAAACGCUAAGUAUGAACACUAUAUUUAUUAGUUCUAUGUGCCAAUCCACAGUACACAGUUGGUGUUUCAGGAAGACACUGCUAUUUUUCCAUGUUACUUCAUUUACUGCAGCCAGAAAAGAUGUACUUGGCAACCUGUUCUUCUUACCAAAUAUAAACUUGUGUUUGAUCAAAGUAUUUUCUCUGUGUUGUCUCUCUAAACCCAAAUAAAAGGGUAAACUGUGGUUACACCUCA